GCUCGGGCGCCGCGCAGAACCCGACUGAAUGGAUUGGGGUUGUUGGGGGGCGGUCACGUGACUCGCCGGCGAGCUGAAUGUGCACGUGCAUCUUGGCGCUGUGGAAGUGGGGGGGGGGCGAGGAGGAGAGCCUCCUGAGAGGUCACGUGACCCCUCCCGCCUGCUGACUCCCCCCCUCCGCCCCGCGCUGCAGAGACGCGCCGGCGAGCAGCUGCUUGGAAGGGCUUCGCCGCCACUGCAGCAGCGGAGCUGGAAGGGAAGGAGCGCAGGCAGAGGCGGAUCGAUCGCCGUCUCCCCGAGACUUCCAUGGCUGCGCCCGCCUCCCCUUCCUCCCCCUCCUCCUCCUCGUGAGCCUCUUUCUCUCUCUCCGUUCCACGUCCUUGGAAGCGCAGCGGAGGCAGCAUGUGGAGAGGCCAGGCCCAGUUUGAGGAGACCCGGCAGCAUCUCCAAAAGCAGCCAGUGGUGGGACAAUGGAAGCCCCUUGCACCAAGCAACAGGGGCCAGGAGCUGCAGCAGCCAGAGCCUUCUGCCAAGGACUCAGCAGGUGGGGAUGAGAACCAGUCCGUGGCGCAACUCAACGUUUCCCGCUUACGCAGUUCCUCUGUGGAGAUCCGCGAGAAGGGAUCUGAAUUCCUGAAAGAAGAGCUGCAUAGAGCUCAGAAGGAGUUGAAAUUGAAGGAUGAAGAAUGCGAGAGACUUUCAAAAGUCAGAGAGCAGCUGGAGCAGGAACUGGAGGAGUUAACCGCAAGCUUGUUUGAGGAAGCCCAUAAGAUGGUGCGGGAGGCAAACACCAAACAAGCAGCAUCCGAGAAGCAGCUGAGGGAAGCCCGAGGGAAGAUUGACAUGCUGCAGGCGGAGGUGACUGCCUUGAAGACUCUGGUCAUCACGUCAACGCCUUCUUCCCCCAACCGGGAGUUGCACCCCCAGCUCCAGAGCCCCUCCAAGGCAGUCUUCAGAAAAGGGCACGGGCGGAAUAAGAGCACCAGCAGUGCAGGCGCUGCCACUGCCGCCAGCCAAGGCCUGCCUGUGGAGCCAGUCAGCAGUGAGUUCAAAGAGGUGGAUUCCAUCUUGUUUGCCGAAUUCCAGGCUUGGAAAGAGUCUCCAUCUUUAGAUAAAUCAUCUUCUUUCCUCGAAAGGAUUUACCAGGAAGAUGUUGGCCCAUGUCUGGACUUUACUAAGCAUGAGCUCUCGGAGCUGAUUCAGGCAGCUGUGGAGCAGAACACGCUCACCAUUGAACCCGUGGCUACCCAGGCGCUGCCUGUGGUGAAGGUGUCGGCCAUUGAAUGCGGCGGACCAAAUGGUUUCCGGUCCCAAAUUGUAACGAAAUGUGCUCUAAGUGGCCUGUCUCGGGCCUGUAGGCAUCGCAUCAAGCUGGGAGACUCUGGGAAUUACUACUACAUCUCCCCUUCCUGCAGGGCCAGGAUUACAGCAGUAUGCAACUUCUUCACCUAUAUCCGUUACAUCCAGCAGGGACUGGUGAGGCAGGAUGUGGAAUUGAUGUACUGGGAAAUCAUGCGUCUCAGAAAGGAAAUGUCCAUAGCUAAGCUGGGGUUCUUUCCCAGUGAGAUGUAGCUGAGGACUGGCACUCUGGAAGGGCAUCACCUUACCACUACUCCACCAGGCAGCCAGAGGGCUUGAUCCAGCACAUCUCCUGGUGCUGGCAGGAUAUAAACUGAAGUUGCCUGAUGUAAACUGAAGAGAUAAGAAGCACAGAUUUCCCCGUUGCAUUACUGUAUUUGCAAAGCUUCCUAACAGUGCUUAGCCUGAUGCGGAGUGGCCAAGGGACCAGCCCUUCUGUGGCUCAACUGAAUGAAGUUGUCUCUUGACUCCUCCCUUCCCCUGUCUCUAUGCAUCCCACAACCCUUAUAUAUCAAGUCUUUUUCAAAGUUCUGCUUCUACAGGUUCUGAGGCCAUGGCUGGCCCUUGGGCUCAUUAUCUGCUUGCUGCUCUGCAAUGCCAAUGUAGCUGGGCAUUCCCGCACAACAGAGAGAAAGAGAGAUUUGGACUCUUCCAUUCAGCUGCCAACUCCCAACCGUGACGGGGGUCAGUGCCGUACAGUGGCCUUGUUUGAUGGCCUCUACGUGUGUGUUCUUCCAGUUGUUUCCCAGGCAGCUCUCCUGCUGAGGAGCCCGCAAGAGUCGGCCGGGGGCUGAUUUCUAUUUAUAGCUCAGGGUUUGCCGUUUGGUUGUGUGACAGAUCCAAUACCUUGCUCUGUGUAGGCAUGCAUCUGUUCUAGGCCAAAACUCCGGCUGGAGCCUCGGCUGUGAUGUAAGAGUGGGGAAAUUGCAUAACAGGCAGUGGCCCACAACCACAUUGAGGUCAGCUGUGCGAGACUGCAGAUGCUUUUGCCUCCCACUCUACAGGCCAGAGAGCUCGCUGCUGCCACAUUAGUUUUCUAGGGAGCAGCUGUCCUCAGCUGACACCCUCCUCCCCACAGGCUCCUUCACUGUGCUUUGUUGCAGUCCAGUCGACACUUGUGGUAUUUUGUGCAACACAUUUCAGCUCCGCUCUAGCUUCCCAUUUGGUGCUUGCAGCUGCCUUGACAGUAUUACGGACUCUUGUAUGAAACAUUCUCUCUUUUGCUUCAUUCACAUUGGAGUUUAAGAAGGACUUCACAUCUUGAAUAUUCUGGCACAAUUUUGGGGUUUGUGCAGCUCAACCUAGCACCCUCCAGAGGUUUUGGGCUGCACCUCUCAUCAGCCCUAGAAAACACAGCCUAUGGUGAUGAAUGAUGGGAGUUGGAGUCCAACAACAGACGGGGGGACACCAUGUUCACCACCCCUCGUGUACAUCCUGCAUUUAUAUUUUUUAAAGGGGGGGGGGAGAUGGGGGUAAUACUCAGAUUCAAGUGAUACAAAUAAAUCUUGGCCCCUAAAUUGUUUUGGUACUACAAAAAGAAAAACCACACUUGAUUCUGAAUUUGUAGACCUGUUGAAUGUUGACAGAAGUGAAAAGUCUUCCUCACUUAGCUUUUGAUACAAUUUUUUUUUAAUGGGAAGGGGAGAAUGAGGUUUAUCUUUUGGAUGCUGUGCCUGAAUUCUAGAAUGGGAGCGGCUGGGGUUGUGCUCUAGCUGGAAGCGGCAUCCUCUGCCCUGAGAGCCAUUUCCUCUUAUUCCCAGGCAAAUGGGAGGCUGGUUGGUGGCUGCUCAGUAGUGAAGGGGAGGCGCUCUGCCCAUGCUGGAACGCACUCACUAUGCUAUAUUCCAGAGAUGAGCUCUGGCACCGAGAAUGGGGCUUCAGCGGUGAACCCUGGCAGCUUCCAUGGCCAGAGCCUCUCACUAUAAAUACAAUGAAGUACAUUUAAAUCAUCUUGGCCAUAGCGAGUGGUUGCAUCAUCACCUCUGGUUCCAUUAGGCAGAAACUACUGGCUGGUGCAAAAACAUUUUGAACACCCCAGUGCUGCUGGUUGCCCCUUGAUGCCUGCACCGUACGCCUGGCUUUGUGUGAUCUUGUGACUGGCAAUCCCAAUUCCACUCCCUGGAGGAGCAGCACCAAAUUUGCUUGCAUGGGAAAGAAUCACCUGCCUUUUGGUACUACAGUGGGAUUGUGUGCAAUGGAGAGCACUUUUUGGUAUCAUUGAAGUAAAUGCCUUUUCUUUUUUUCUUUUGAGUGCGGUAUCUCCUUAGUAUUACAGGUAAGUGGCUGUCCUUUUGGACCUCGAUGGCUGGAGGGGGAUUGUGGGUUCCCUGCCACUUUUGCUGCUCAGUGGCCCAGGGCUUGAUUUCAUCUUGAUCACAUGUAGCAGCACUUGCAUGCUAAGGAUUAUAGUAAAUAUAUAUAAAUAUAUAUGUGUGUGUAACUUAAAAAGCUAUUCUCCCCAAAAUUGUAUCUGGGAGAAAAUAUUAUUGGAAUUUAUGCUUACAGGAGACAACAUUGCAACAACACUUGCCUCUUCCUGCUUUAGACAAGGCUUGCCAUAAGUGAAAGGACAGUUUCUCGAGGGAUCCUCUUGGCCUUGCUCCCAGCUGUGGGGCCUUCUGCUCCUCACCUCUGCAGGGAUGGUGAAAUGCCAAGCAGGUUUACAUCCAGGAAAUCUUGAAAUGGCAGAAUUCCUAGUACCUUGACCUGCUUCCCAUUUCCUUGUCUGCGUUUGUAUUUGUGGAGGGGUUUAUCCCUUAUUUCCUACAGCUAAUUCCAUCGCAAACAUUAAAUCCUUGAUUCAGUAAGAGAGGAUUCCCAUACCGUGCUCCACAUGGCAAGCUGUGACCCUCCAGAUAUUGCUGGACUACAGCUCCCAUCAUCCUUGCCCAUUGGCCAUUCUGGCUGGAGCUAGUGGGAGCUGGAGUCUUUUACAAAUGAUCAAACCAGGCCAGCUCCUGGUUAAUGAUAGUCUACAUGCUGCUUUGCACAUUAUGGUAAGCCACAGGCUGACUUACCAUGACCACUUGAAUGUAAUGGCUCCCUGAGAAGAGUUCACACCUGCUUUGCUCCCCCCUAGACUGAUUAGGUCAACAUGUGAUAGCAAUUAAGCCAAGGUUUGGCCUCUAUGGGAUCAUGAGUAAGGUCUCAUGCCCUUAACUGCAAUCUGUAAUCGUAGGACAAAACUUGGCUUCUGAUUGUAGCUAGGUGAAGAGCCCAGUUUCUGAUGACGUGCUGAGCCAGACUCUGGCUUAGCUCUAUGCAACAGUGACCUAAAAAAAAAAAACCAGGAAGGAGCAAAGCGGCUGCACUCUCCUUCCUAAGCACCAGCACAUUCAUGUUAAGUCAUGGUUUUGCUUAGUGUGAUAGUGCCUCUCCAAGAAAGAGUUAUGCUCCAGGAGAAGCAUUCAGUCACGCAUCAUCUCCACACCUUGAUAAGCAUAAUUAUUAGUUGCCAUAUAUCUUCUUAUCAUAGAAAGCCUUCCCACACUAUCUCCCUGGUUUUGGGUGCAGCAAAUUAGGAGUGCUAUCUGGAAAUUCCUUAUAAUAAACAGACACUACUGGAAGCAGGUAGUGACAUUGGAAGCUGCCUUCUAUUGAGUCCGGCCUUUGCUCCACCUGACUCAGAGUUGUCUGAACGUUGCUUUCCUUGGUCUCCGUUUAAUAGGUCAGAUGCUGUAAGUGGGAGUCCAGUCAAUUCUAACAAUGAUGAUAAAUUUAUUGAAGAGCCUGGCUUUCUAAAUCCAUCCACCACUCACAGCUACUCUCUCCAAACUGCUGGAGGAAGCACCUGUUUUGCUUCCUGUCUCUUACAGGAAGGGGCAACUGCUGAGCUGUUCUCUUGGCUGCAUUAUUAUCUCCUUACUCACAUGUUCAUAUUUUAAUAAAAUAUACUGAUCUCUAUUUAAUAAAUAGACUGCAGUACUGACAGUGAGGCUGGUUCUUAUUGCCUUUGGGCUGUUUUAUUCCUUUUGAAGCCUGCAUGUAUUCCAGCUGCAAAAUAAACAGCACAUUUUCAAA